AUGGCUAGCAAGCUCCAUCACCAACGACCUCACCACCACGAGCACCAACAUUUCGGCAACCACCAACUCCCACCACUUCCACCGCUCAAUCGCCUCCCGAGCGACCAAUUGCCCACAAUGGUUCACCGCAUCGCAUUCUGGAGCUGCCUCGCCGUCCGCUUCUGGCAAGUCGGCAUCGAAAUGCGUCCUUUCUUCAACAAGUCUUCCCUAUGGGCAUAUCCUGCGUACGCUCUGGGCGGCGCCUCCUUCGGCUACUGGCUCCAGGGCAUCGACGACAAGCAGAGCGCCAUGUUGAGCGAGCGAAAAGCGUUUUUGCUAGAGAAGAGGAAGAGAAAGGCGGAGCGGGAGGCAGCGGAAGCAGAGGGCGCUGCUGGGGCGUUGCAGUAA